CCUGCCCGUGACCCUCCCUUUUUUCUUCAGCCGCGUAAUGGCUUCUCCCAAGACCCAGGGGGCUGCUCCCCGAAAGGAGGAAGACGGUGAUGGCAGCAGCGGCGGAGCCGGAGUUUUCACUUAUGAGGACAGUAAGGAUUGUAUCCUGGAGCCACUUUCUCUGCCAGAAAGUCCAGGUGGCACUACCAGUUUAGAAGGUUCUCCAUCUGUGCCUUGUAUUUUCUGUGAAGAACAUUUUCCUAUGGAUGAACAAGGCAAACUUCUGAAGCACAUGAUUAUUGAACAUAAGAUUGUUAUAGCUGAUGUCAAGUUGGUUGCUGAUUUCCAAAGGUACAUUUUAUAUUGGAGGAAAAGGUUCACUGAACAGCCCAUUACAGAUUUUUGUAGUGUGAUAAGAAUCAAUUCCACAGCUCCAAUUGAAGAACAAGACAAUUAUUUUUUGUUAUGUGAUGUUUUACCAGAAGAUAGAGUACUUAGAGAAGAGCUUCAGAAACAGAGACUGAAAGAAAUUCUGGAACAACAGCAGCAAGAACGAAAUGAUAACAAUUUUCAUGGCAUUUGUAUGUUUUGCAAUGAGGAAUUCCUUGGAAACAGAUCUGUUCUUUUGAACCACAUGGCCAGAGAACAUGCUUUCAACAUUGGAUUGCCAGACAACAUUGUUAACUGCAGUGAGUUUCUGUGUACAUUGCAGAAAAAGCUUGACAACUUGCAGUGCUUGUACUGUGAGAAGACUUUCAGGGACAAAAAUACACUUAAAGAUCACAUGAGGAAAAAACAGCAUCGUAGGAUCAAUCCUAAGAACAGAGAAUAUGACCGAUUUUAUGUCAUCAAUUAUUUGGAACUUGGAAAAUCAUGGGAAGAAGUUCAACUAGAAGAUGAUCAAGAGUUGCUAGACCAUCAGGAAGAUGACUGGUCUGAUUGGGAAGAACACCCUGUCUCUGCUGUCUGCCUGUUUUGUGAAAAGCAAGCAGAAACAAUUGAGAAGUUAUGUGUCCACAUGAAGGAUGCACAUGAAUUUGAUCUUCUCAAAAUAAAGUCAGAACUUGGACUGAAUUUCUAUCAGCAAGUAAAACUGGUCAAUUUCAUUCGAAGGCAGAUUCACCAAUGUAGGUGUUAUGGCUGCCAUGAGAAGUUCAAGUCCAAAACUGACUUAAGGACUCACAUGGAAGAAACUAAACAUACUUCACUGCUUCCUGAAAGACAGACAUGGGAUCAACCACAGUAUUAUUUUCCAACCUAUGAAAAUGACACUCUGCUGUGUACACUGUCUGACAGUGAAAGUGAUCUGACGGCUCAGGAACAAAAUGGAAAUAUUGCCAUCAUUAGUGAAGACACAUCUAAACUGCGUGCUUUGAAGCAAAGCAGUAUUUUGAACCAGUUGCUACUACAUGAGUCCUUGAAAAACUAGAAGAAACUGCCACAGAAGCAACGUUUUAUGUUUUCUCCUAUGAGACAGACAUGAAGGAACACUUUAAAUUUGAACAUCAGCAAAGGAUUAGUCCUUGGUAAAAUUAACUUUUUUAAAAAAUGAAUUUCUUUUUUCAAAAAAUAGAAAAUAAAAUGAAGGCUUUUGUAUUUGGGCUCUAAAAUUUUACUAUGUGAUCAUUGUAAAUGAUCUCAUUUCAUUAGACUCUUAUUUAUCUAUAAUAUUAAAACAUACAAAUCACAAAGAAAUGAAAUGUUCAAAUUAUUUAUAAACCUAAUUUCAAUCCGUAGUUUAUCUCUUCCCCACAGGCUUUCUUCAUCCAACAAGUCACAAAACUUGACAGAUGUAUGCUUUCUGUACUACACUGAGUAAGUCGUAAAUGCAGUGACCGAAAGAGGAGCCAGGGAGGAGGGAAAAUGGUCAAAGUCCUGGAUAUUGCACAAAUUGGACACUAUUGUGGAAUAAUCAAGGUCUGACUAUAUUAUUAUUAUUGCCUUCUGCCUAAAGUUGCUAAACUCCCUAGAAACAGACAUCAAAUCACAUAACUUUACCUUCCCCUACAAUGUAUGUAUGUAUGGUAAACAGAUGAGGACCGUUUUUAAAAAAACAUAACCACAAUACCAUUAUGACAUCUAACAUAAUUAACAGUAGCUUAGUAUCAUGUGAUUUCGGUUUCCCCUAGUUGUCUCAAAAAUAUCUUUACAUUACUAGUUACAGAACAAAUAUUGUUUGCUUCUGAUAAGAUGCAGUGCGCAAGACAAAACAUCACUUUUGAGGGUACCUCCCAAAAAUGUAUACUGUGAAUAUACUGAAGAAUCAUCAAUUGAGGGACAUCUGCAAAAAAAAAAAUUGGCCUUUACCCUUCAGAAAUCAGGGUCAUGAAAAACAAAGACUGAAAUAACUGCUCCAAGUUAAAGAAGUCUAAAGAGAUAGCACAAGAUAUUAAUUUCCAAAUUUUGGUAAUAGUACUGUGGUUAUGUAUGAGAACGUUCUUGUCUUUAGGAAAUACACACCGAAGUAUUUAGAGAUAAAGGAGCACUUUGUUGGUAACUUACUUUAAAAAAAAAUAAUAUGGGUAUAUACAGAGAGAAAGGGAUAAAGGAAAGCCAGUAGGAUGUUAAUAUUUGGGGAAUCCAAACAAAAGGUAUGGGGGAAUUCUUUGUGCUUUGGCAGCUUUUCUGUAAGUAAAAACACAUCAAAAUUAAAACUUUUUAAGAUGUC